CCGGCGGAUGGGGCGAACCCCUCGCCUUGGGCUUUUUAAUUUCUCAGGAGGAAUGAACGACGGCGGACAGAGGCCUUUAGUGGCGCCAUCUGUGGGUUGCCUGGCCUGGAGGAGCUGGGCGCGGAGGCUGUGGUGCUGCCAUACAGCUCUGCUUCCGGUCAGGGGGCAAAAAGCUGAGGCGCUUCUCCUUUAAUCGCAGUGGGCGGGGCUCGGCGACGCGACCUGCGUUGCUAUUGGCUGCAGCUGGGGGCGCGGAAACUAAACAGGCCGCAACGGCCGCUGCUCCUGCCUCGGGUUCAUCCCGCACCUGUGGCGCCGCCAGCCCCGCCAUGGCCGCGUCCUGCCCGGAGGACCCCUCGCUGGAGAGGCAUUUUAAGGGCCACCGAGAUGCAGUUACCUGUGUGGACUUCAGUCUCAAUACGAAGCAGCUGGCCAGUGGCUCCAUGGACUCGUGCCUCAUGGUCUGGCACAUGAAGCCCCAGUCACGUGCCUAUCGCUUCACGGGCCACAAGGAUGCCGUCACCUGUGUGAACUUCUCCCCCUCGGGACACCUGCUUGCCUCAGGCUCCCGUGACAAGACUGUCCGCAUCUGGGUACCCAAUGUCAAAGGUGAGUCAACCAUGUUUCGUGCACACACGGCCACAGUGAGGAGUGUCCACUUCUGCAGUGAUGGCCAGUCCCUCGUGACGGCCUCUGAUGACAAGACAGUAAAGGUGUGGUCAACUCAUCGCCAGAAAUUCCUGUUCUCCCUGAGCCAGCACAUCAACUGGGUCCGCUGUGCCAAGUUCUCCCCUGACGGGCGGCUUAUCGUGUCUGCCGGUGAUGACAAGACUGUCAAGUUGUGGGAUAGGACCAGCCGCGAGUGUGUCCAUUCAUACUGCGAGCAUGGCAGCUUUGUCACCUACGUGGACUUUCACCCCAGUGGUACAUGCAUUGCUGCUGCUGGCAUGGACAACACAGUGAAGGUGUGGGACGUGCGGACUCACCGGCUGUUGCAGCAUUAUCAGCUGCACAGCGCAGCAGUGAACGCCCUCUCCUUUCACCCGUCUGGAAACUACCUGAUCACAGCUUCCAGUGACUCAACCCUGAAGAUCCUGGACCUGAUGGAGGGCCGGCUGCUGUACACGCUCCACGGGCAUCAGGGACCAGCCACCACCGUUGCCUUUUCAAGGACGGGGGAGUAUUUUGCUUCUGGAGGCGCUGAUGAACAGGUGAUGGUUUGGAAGAGUAACUUUGAUGUUGUUGACUAUGGAGAAGACAUAAAAGUGCAGAGGCCUCCGACCACACUGGCCAGCUCCAUCAGGAAUCUGCCGGAAGUGGGUUUCCCCAUCCCACCAGGCAGAAGCAGGAAUCUGCAGUCUGUGCAAAGCCAGCCCCAGGAGCCCGUCAGCAUGCCUCAGACGCUGACCAGCACUCUGGAGCACAUUGUGGGCCAGCUGGAUGUCCUUACCCAGACAGUCUCCAUCCUGGAGCAGCGGUUGACACUGACAGAAGACAAGCUGAAGCAGUGUCUGGAGAUCCAGAAGCUAAUCACGCAGAGAAUGCCACCGUGAUCAGGGGAAUAAGAAUCAGGAGCUCGGUCAAUUUGGGGGUGGCAGGCCGGGGGUUUGUAUUGUAGUAUUUGGGUAAAUAAAUAA